UUUGUGGCUCGACCCGCCCAACCCGAGUACAAUGACAUUAACCCGCAUAACAAGUGAUGUUUUGUCGAUUAUCCAGCCUUCAAAUUGCUUUUUUUCUGGCUUCCUCACGGACUUUUAAGUCAUUUCAUCAACUGACAGCAGACUGCGGAAUCCAUUUACGGGGUGUUUUCCCCUCACGGGAAGUGUCUUGAUCAUCUUUUUUUAUUGCGGCUAGAAGUUGACAAUGUGUUAGUGUAGUUAGCUGAGCUAGCUAGGAAGCUAACAUGUCAUCCACGGAGGGUGACGAAGCGAAGCCCCUCAUCGACGUCGCCUCGCCGGGUGAGAGAGCUCCAAACACCGCUCUGAGGAAACUGCUGCAUUUCAAAGUUUACAAGAGGAGGUGGUUCGUCCUGCUCCUGCUUUGUCUGUUGAACUGCUCCAACGCUACGCUAUGGCUGACGUUUGCGCCAGUAGCAGACCAGUCUGCCCAAUACCUGAGGGCCACCUUGAAUCAGAUCAACUGGUUGUCAGUGGUCUACAUGGUGGUGGCCAUUCCACUCAGCUUCGGGACCACCUGGAUGCUGGACACCAUCGGGCUGCGGGUCACGAUCAUCCUGGGCUCCUGGUUAAACAUGCUCGGGGCGGUGAUUCGCAUCAUUGGGGGCCAGCCAGGUAAGGACUUCAGAAUCUACUAUUCAGUGGUGAUGUUGGGUCAGACGUUUGCGGCGGUGGCGCAGCCCCUCGUCAUCUUCACGCCCACCAAGAUGGCGGCGCUGUGGUUCCCCGAUGACCAGCGAGCCACAGCCAACAUGAUGGCUUCCAUGGCCAACCCUCUGGGCAUCCUCGUCGCCAACGUUGUGUCGCCAAAGAUCGCUCGCACGGCACAGGAAAUCCCAGCUUUGAUGCUGGUGUACGCUGUUCCUGCCUGCGUCAUCUGUUUCCUAGCAACAGUGGGUAUGCGGCGCAGUGCCCCCCCCACGCCGCCAUCGGCCAGCGCAGAACAUUCCACCGCGGAACCCUUCGUACAUGGCAUCAAACUACUGCUGGGGAACAGAGCGUACCUGCUGCUGCUGAUGUGCUUUGGCUCAGGCGUGGCCGUAUUCACCUGCUUCUCCACGCUAUUGGACCAGAUCCUGUGUGUGCAGGGCUACACUAACGAUUUUGCGGGCCUGUGCUCUGCAAUCUUCAUUGUGUCCGGCGUCGUGGGCGCUGUACUGCUGGGGCUUUACGUCGACAAAACCAAGAAGUUCAUUGAAGCCAUCAAGGUCAACAUGAGCCUCUCCACCCUGGUGGCUUGCGUCUUUGCUGUGGUGUGUCUGAUGCAAGAGCAGAAGGUCGCAGUGGCAACCCUUUGCGCUCUCUUCGGCUUCUUCGGUUUCUCAAUCUACCCGCCCAUGAUGGAGAUGUCUGUGGAGUCUUCUUACCCUGUGGGAGAAGCAACUUCAGCCGGACUGAUCUUCAUAUCAGGACAAAUUCAGUCGCUCAUCUACAUUAUCCUGCUUCAGUCAUUGGCCACACCCAUCGCCGAGUCUCCUCGCUCAACCUGCAGCGUCGCCCCGCAGAGCUGGAAGGUUCCCAUGAUGGUGCUGUCAGGACUCAGCGUCCUCUCCACCUGCGUAUUCGUUGUCUUCUUCCACACGCGCUACAGACGCCUAGAGGCCGAAGAAGCCGCCAUCUACAGGACCAGCCAAGGCAACGGAACAGCCACCCCCGCCGCCGAGGACACAUAAUCCAACUGAGUCACUUAAGAAGCAUUUUGUCUUCCGAAUAUAUUUUUGACAUCUCAAAUAUGCCAAAGAGGAAGUAACCACUUGUGGCUUGAAUAUGUUUUGAUUUAUAGAUUAAAUUAUUGAUGAUAAAGUAGUUCAGACACUUAAGACCACUUGAAGCUUUUGGACUCAUUUUAUACAGAGACACAGUUCGAUGGUGCUGCAGGUACCAAAUAUGUCAAAUGUACUUUGCACUUUUUAAAGUCUUAAUUCUAGGUGUAUGUAAAAGAUUAUAAUUUUUUUUUUAAAUCA